GUGUGUGAACAGCAGAGGCAGAGAAAUCUCCAGCCUUUGGUAAAUCGGCUUAGAAGCCAGGAACUGUGAUCCGUUUCUACACGGGGUUCUGCAGCGAGGAUUUAAACCGACACAGCGCGCUGGAACCCGAGUGAUAGAGAGAGAGAGACAGAGGAGAGGGAGAGGCGUGUGUGUGUGUGUUAGUCAUGCCCGUGUUCAGCUAUACAAUGCAACUGGAUAUUCAUCUUGCCCAGCCCAGCCAAGAGUGAUCAAUAUUGAGAGGGAGAGAGAGAGAGUGUGGACAAUAUAUACAUUUACCAACCUCUCAAACUCUUGUCAACUUGUGACGGUAGAUGCGAAUGUGUGGGUCGGGGUAGGGGUUUGGAUCAGAGGGGGUGCCCGCGUUCUAGAGUCGCUGGAGAAUGAGGAUCAGCCGGCGCUGUCUGCUGCUCGGAUCCCAUCAGCCGGCGCUCUGUGAAGCCUGACUUUGAAAGUGACCCAACAUGAGGAAGAAGACCGCGUUGAGACGCCCUCUCCUGCUGCUGUGCCUGGUGGACCUCGCCCUGGGAUAUUUGACGGUGAACAUUGAACCGAUCCCCCCUGUAGUAGCGGGCGAUGCUGUGACUUUAAAAUGCAACUUCAAAACAGACAGGAGACUGCGGGAAAUUGUGUGGUACAAGGUGACGGAUGGGGGGACUAUCAAACAGAAAAUAUUCACAUAUGAUGCCCUGUUCUCCACAAAUUACACUCACAUUGAUGAAUAUCAGAAGAGCGAAGACUUGGUCUAUCAGUCUACAGUGCGUAUUCCUGAAGUGCGUAUUCUGGAUAAUGGGCCGUUCGAGUGUCACGUUGGCAUCUACGACAGGACAAACCGCAAGAAGUUUCUGGAAGCCUAUGGCCGGGUCUUUCUCAACGUCAUGGCACCCCCGUCCUCAAUCUCGGUCAUCGCUGCAGAAACGCCGGCUGCUUUCAGUCGCUACGAGGCGCAGAACUUCACCUUGGUAUGCAUCGUUUCUGGAGGAAAGCCUGCUCCCACGGUAUACUUCAAGCGGGAUGGUGAGCUGGUUGAAGUUCAUCACGUGUCUCAGACUUCGCCCGACGAGAAUGAAAAGAAAGGUCGAAUCCCUCAGAGUCUCAUCAGCCGGGACAUGGAUGACACCAAGCUACAGAGAUCACUGUCCUUGCUGGACUUUGAAGGCAGGGGCAGAAUGUUGACGGAGAGGCCUUCUCCGAGUAUCACCGACAGUACGGUUGCAGCCACCACCGCAGCGGAGAGAAUUCCAGAGACCGUCAUCAGCCGCGAGUUCCCGAGGUGGAUUUACCCCAGCGAUCCCGCCUACCUCUUCCGACACACCCAGAUACCCGUCAGCGAUGGCACCGUGGAGGUGCGGGCCAUGAUCACCUGGACAUUGAACCCUGAGCUGGACAAUAACGCUCUGUUCAGCUGUGAGGUGAAGCACCCGGCUCUGACCAUGCCCAUGCAGUCCGAGGUGAUACUGGCUGCACCCCGAGGUCCCCAGAUUAACAUGAGUCCGACACGGGUCCAAGUUGGUGACACGGUUAAGAUCGCCGUUGUGGGAUUUCAGAAUGAAGUGUUCCCGGAGCCCCUCUUCACAUGGACCAGGGUCGGGGGACGCCUGUUGGAUGGAAGUGUUGAGCACGAUGGCAAAUUGCUGGUGUUGGAGAGGGUACCAGCUGAACUAAACGGCUCAAUGUACCGUUGCACCAGUGAAAACCCUCUGGGCUCAACAGACACCCAUGCUAGACUCAUCAUUUUUGAAAAUCCAAACAUUCCUAAAGGCACUGAUGAUAAAAGUGGUGCAUCAUCAUGCAGCCACAGUGCCAGACUAAGUUUAGCGAUGAUUCUAGCAGUGACAUUGGAUUUGACGUGAAGGACCAUGGAGGAUUUGAGAGGAAAAUUAUCCAUCCAGCAGUUGCGUAUGAUAAAAUAUUUUUAUUUUGAUGUUUGUUUUUCAAAUUUUCGAUGUUCCACUUUCUGUAGGGUUUUCUCACUUGAAAGAUGUGCCAUUACUUCAUGUAUUUCUGAAUAAAGCUCUGUCUGUUGAAAAGAA